AUGGGCUGCGCUCUGGGCAGCGCCGCGGACCAUGCGGUGGCAAAAGCCACGCAGCGGGUGGAGAAGGAUCAAGUCAUUGAGAAGGCGGUGCAGCGUGCCUUGCAUGCGGCAGUGGCGGAACUCCAACACGUGGAGGUCACCUUGCGCGUUUCCCCGCGCCACGCGUCCGACUCCGGGGAUGGUGCCGGGCUGGCGGCACCCGUCUCGCCGAUGUCGCCGGUGUCAUCGCCGUGCUCACCAGGCCCCUCUGGACGCUUCCUGGAGAAGGGCGUACGUCGAGGGCGGGCUGCAGACUGGUGUGCGACCAGUCUUUCGAAAGCAGAGCAGGUGAUCAUUACCGAGGAAGGAUGGUCACGUUUCUUUUACUAUGCCUUCGCAAACAUGGAUGACGCGAUGGAGGUGUUCCAAGCCUGGCCGCAUACGGCCCGCGUCCUCUAUUCCUUUGAUGCUUCUGCUGGAUGUUUGGUCCAAGAAUUGGAAGCCGAUGCUGGUGCAUCUGUGGGGUGGUCACUGAACAACAUCCGUGGUCGAGCCGAAGCUCUGAUGCUGCCAGAUGAGAGUGAAAACUGCACGGACUACCAUAACGCCUUGAAAUUGGGCUUUGACGUGGAAGCCCUUGAGUGGCCCAAGUGGCUGCGAGAGAGCGAGCUAGGUCCAUUGCUCCCAAAAACGGUCUUCACGCCGGGCGAGACGAUUGGCUUUGUAGGUGAAAGGCCUGCAGCCAGGUUCGGACUUCCAAAUACCUGUCGAGUGGCGGCUGGAACUACGGAUUCCAUUGCGGCCUUCCUGGCGGCAGGCACUACGGAGGUGGGCGAGGCAGUGACUUCCUUAGGCUCCACCCUGGCGGUGAAGUUGCGGAGCUUGGUGCGGGUGGAUGAUGCAGCCUUCGGGGUCUAUAGCCAUCGAUUGGGAGGAGAUCCGGUUCAGUCGGCGGAGCCUCCAACACCGGAGGUGUGGUGCUACGUGCCUUGA